CGAGGACCCAAGUGUCUUUGCCUAAACUACUCACUGUUUUCACAGUUCGUAGUUGAAGCCAAAACCAGGGAUUAAAUAAGAAAAUAAACAAGAAAAAAAUCAGUUGAGAGUACUUACUAGUACUACACAAAUUGAUCAGCUAGAGAAACCCAAGUGAGUAAAGAAAAAAGAGAGAGAAAAGAGUGCAUCUUCAAUGAAGAAACAAGGCUGUGAGAUUGAGGCAAUAGGCAUCAACUAUCAGAUUCAAACACAAAAAAGAGAGCACCCUUUUAAGAUCUUUAGCAGAGAGCCACAAAAGAGUCAUCAUGAAGUGGUUCAAGAACCUGAUGAACCACAAGCCAAGGUUGAAGAACUAUGUCCAUGCCCCGGAGUCCGCCAAGUGUUAAAGGACGUGAACUGCCAGGCAAAACCAUGGGAGAUUCUAGCCAUUGUCGGUCCAAGUGGAGCUGGAAAGUCUUCCCUACUAGAAAUCCUAGCAGGGAAACACACACCACAAAGUGGUUCCAUUUUUGUGAACCAAAAGCCUAUAGACAAAGCUGGGUUCAAGAAAAUAUCAGGGUAUGUCACUCAAAAGGACACCCUAUUUCCUUUACUUACAGUGGAAGAAACCUUAAUGUUUAGUGCUAAGCUAAGGUUAAGGCUUCCACCAGCUGAGCUGAGCUCCAGGGUGAAGUCAUUGAUUCAGGAGCUUGGCUUGAGUCAUGUAGCCGGGGUUCGUGUUGGAGAUGACAGAGUUCGUGGGAUAUCUGGUGGAGAAAGGCGUCGUGUUUCAAUUGGCGUGGACGUGAUACAUGACCCCAAAGUGCUGAUUCUUGAUGAACCAACUUCAGGUCUGGAUAGUACAUCAGCGCUUCAAAUUAUUGACAUGCUCAAGUCCAUGGCUGAAACCCGAGGCAGAACCAUAAUUCUCAGUAUCCACCAACCAGGGUUUCGUAUUGUGAAGUUGUUCAAUUCAAUUCUACUGUUGGCUAAUGGAUGUGCCUUGCACCAGGGCACAGUGGAUCAGCUUGGUGUGAACUUGAGGCUAAUGGGGUUAGAGCUUCCUCUUCAUGUCAAUGUUGUUGAAUUUGCCAUUGAAUCCAUUGAAGCCAUUCAACAGCAGCAAAAGUCUAAGCCAGUCCACCAACAAAUGCUACCACAGUUGCCAUCAACAACACAACAGAAGAAAAGAGAUGAUCCAGGUGAGUGUAGAAGCGGUAAGUGCACGCUACAACAACUCUUUCAACAAUCCAAGGUUAUUGAUGAAGAAAUCAUCAAUGUUAAUGGUAUCGAUUUCCCUCGUGGCUUUGCCAACUCUAGAUUGCAAGAAACCAUAAUUCUCACUCAUAGAUUCUCGAAAAAUAUCUUCCGGACCAAGGAGCUCUUCGCAUGCCGGACAAUUCAAAUGCUGAUUUCUGGGCUUGUCCUAGGCUCCAUCUUUUACAAUCUAAAAGAUGAUUUGGUUGGAGCUCAAGAAAGGGUAGGUCUAUUUGCUUUUAUAUUGACUUUUCUGUUAUCAUGCACCACAGAAGCUUUGCCAAUCUUUUUGCAAGAGAGGGAGAUUCUUAUGAAGGAGACCUCUAGUGGAAGCUACAGAGUCUCAUCCUAUGCCAUAGCCAAUGGACUAGUUUACUUGCCAUUUCUGCUAAUCCUGGCCAUUUUAUUCACAAUACCCUUAUACUGGCUCGUUGGACUCAAUCACAAUUUCAUGGCCUUUUUGCACUUCUUGUUGCUGAUUUGGUUAAUUCUGUAUACGGCAAAUUCUGUUGUGGUAUGUUUCAGUGCUCUAGUGCCUAAUUUCAUCGUCGGCAAUUCUGUGAUUGGGGGUGUCAUGGGAUCCUUCUUUCUCUUCUCUGGUUAUUUCAUAUCAAAGCAUGGAAUUCCAGAUUAUUGGAUUUUCAUGCAUUACGUAUCAUUGUUCAAGUAUCCAUUUGAAGGGUUUCUAAUAAAUGAGUUCUCUAAUUCAGACAAGUGCUUGGAGUACAUGUUUGGGACAUGUAUGGUGAGUGGAGAAGAUGUGCUUAGAGAAGAAGGCUAUGGGGAGGAAAGCAGGUGGAGAAAUGUGAUGGUUAUGGUGUGCUUCAUAUUGCUUUACAGGUUUAUUUCUUAUGUCAUUCUUAGGUGUAGAUGCUCUCAGAGAGGGCUCAAGGAUUCCCUUGUCUGAAGAAUAUAGUGAAAUCUCUCUCUCUCUCUCUCUCUCUCUCUCUCUCUCUCUCACGAGUUGUUGAAAACAUUGUUCAAUGUUCACAUGUUUUGGACUUUACUUAAGAUAGCAUCCAAAGAAGAAAAAUCACAUAUAUAAUAAUAAAAGAAGAUAUGUAAUUUCUGUCA